CUCCGCGCAAGAAGAGGCAGCAGCCUGGAGUGGGAGCCCAGCGAGCGCUGGAUGUGCCGGAUCAUUGUAAGGAGCAAUAUAAACAGUACAAUGACGAAGAGAGAGGAGGGGUGGGAGGGAGAGAUCGGCCAGAGAGCACAGAGCUAAGAAGCCGCAGCAGGACCGGGGAGUGCGCUUUCACUUCCACAUGGGUUUCCCCUCUCUGUGACAUUUCUUGCCCUGUCUCUCGGCUGGAGCAUCGCCAAGUCUGAAGAAGAGCCGGCCCAUGGUAUUGGGGAGCCACACCGACCCCCCUUACUGACUGACCCCCUAUAACCCCCCUGCCUGAUUGGGGUGCAGAGGAGGAGAAGGCAGAGAUGAGUCGGGCUGCUGGGGCAGAGAAGCUGCGCCGCUCGGACAGUCAUUAGCGAUUCCGCUCAAGUCUGUCUCUGGGAGGGGGGAGAGAACAGUUUUGGCUUAUUUCCCCUUGCUUGGCAUUCCCUGCCGCUGCUGCUGGGACGCUCCUGUAUAUAUAAAUGUGUGAUAUGAUUGAGUCGCAGCCUGCUCAGAAAAUCGGCAAGAUGAAAAAGUUGCGGAGAACUUUGUCGGACAGUUUUAGCCGAAUAGCUCUGAAAAAAGAUGAAAAUGCAAUUGACGAGAUAUGUGUCACCAAGAUGUCGACACGGAACUGCCAAGGAAUAGACUCGGUCAUAAAGCCUCUCGACACCAUUCCUGAAGACAAGAAGGUCAGGGUGCAGAGGACACAGAGCAGUUUUGACCCCUUUGAAAAAACAUCAAACCAGGUGAAGAGAGUGCAUUCAGAAAACAAUGCAUGCAUUAACUUUAAGAGCGCAUCCGUGGGAAAGGAAUCUCCCAAAGUCAGACGCCAUUCAAGCCCCAGCUCGCCAACAAGUCCAAAAUUUGGAAAGGCAGACUCUUAUGAAAAACUGGAAAAAUUAGGAGAAGGCUCAUAUGCUACAGUCUAUAAAGGAAAAAGCAAAGUUAAUGGGAAGCUGGUGGCACUGAAGGUGAUAAGACUGCAAGAAGAAGAAGGCACUCCAUUUACUGCAAUCAGGGAAGCUUCACUUCUGAAGGGAUUGAAGCACGCUAACAUUGUGCUGUUGCAUGAUAUUAUUCAUACGAAGGAGACUUUGACCCUCGUCUUUGAAUAUGUGCACACGGAUUUAUGUCAGUAUAUGGAUAAACACCCAGGGGGGCUGAAUCCAGAGAAUGUGAAGUUAUUUUUAUUUCAGUUGCUGCGUGGUUUGUCCUAUAUCCACCAAGGCCAUAUUUUACACAGGGAUCUGAAGCCACAAAACCUUCUCAUCAGCGAUACAGGGGAACUGAAGCUGGCCGACUUUGGGCUUGCAAGAGCCAAGUCUGUACCAAGCCACACGUACUCCAAUGAAGUAGUGACUCUCUGGUACAGACCUCCAGAUGUCCUUCUGGGCUCCACAGACUAUUCCACCUGCCUUGACAUGUGGGGUGUUGGGUGCAUAUUUGUGGAAAUGAUCCAGGGAGUCGCUGCAUUUCCAGGAAUGAAAGAUAUCCAAGACCAAUUGGAACGGAUAUUUUUGAUCCUCGGGACGCCUAAUGAAGAAACAUGGCCUGGGGUCCAUUCUUUACCACAUUUCAAGCUAGAACGAUUUACGCAAUACGGCCCUAAGAAUCUAAGACAAGCUUGGAAUAAGCUGAGCUAUGUGAAUCAUGCAGAAGAUCUAGCUUCCAAGCUGCUCCAGUGUUUCCCAAAGAACAGACUGUCGGCGCAAGCUGCUCUGAACCAUGAUUAUUUCAGUGAUCUCCCUCCCCGGCUCUGGGAGCUAAGUGACAUGUCUUCCAUUUUUACGGUACCGAAUGUGAAGUUACAACCUGAAGCUGGAGAAAGUAUGAGAGUAUUUGGGAAAAACAAUAGUUUCAGCAAAAGUCUUUCAAACAGCAAGCACUGAUGACUGCCUUGCACACGUGCACAUGGAGGUGAAUGCCAUUGAAUGGGACACUUGCCUUAUGAAAUGGAAGCUCGGAUCUUCUCGUACAUUCUGGCGGUUUAAUACUGCAGAGGACUGAAUUUGGCAAGACACUGUUUCACAUAAUAAUAAUAAUAAUAAUAAUGUACUUCAAGCCUUGCACGCAGUUGGCUAUCUAGUGAUUUAUAUGAAGAUUCAUUCGUAAUUUGUUACCUGCACUGCUGAGGGUGUAUGUAUGUAUAUAAAUAUAUGUACACUUUUGACUCGUUUUCUUUUUCUCCAACAUUAUUUGCGCUUUGAAACCUUUCGCUAUGGCUCCACCACAAGCCAUUCUUUUUUUUUCCACUUUUUUAGAAUUGUAUUUAUUUUACGAAUUCUGAUAAUGGAUAAACGGAAACCACUUUUAUUGUCCAUACGUACAUAUGGAAAAAAGAAAAUCUAGUGACAUAACAAGGCCUUAUAUUUAAGGCAUAUGCUGAACAGCAAGUUUAUUUUUUAAACAAUGAAGGCUUUUAUGUAGGCUCAUUCACAUCUUUGUAACCUGAAACCAUAUAUUGUGUUAUUAACCAUGAUGAUAAUUACAGAGCCAGAAACCCCAAUGCUGUAGCAUUGAAAUAUUUGUAAGUUUGGAUUUAUUUUCACCUUUAGGAUCAGUUACAUCCAUUCUUUAUAGACUGCCAUCAAACCCCUGUUAUGUAUAAGUUAGAUUUUUUUUUCAUGACCAUUUCAUGGAUUCUCAGACAAAAAAAAAAUGAUACUGUGAAUAGCAAUGGUCCUAUUUUUCUUCUAAAGAGAAUAUUUCGAGCUAUAAAAAAAAAAUUGCAGUCAUAUACCAAAGCACUUUUACAUUUUCUCUUCUUUUCUAACACAUUCCAUACGGAUGACACAAUAGUCUUGUGCACGUUAAGUCUUUUUUUGGGCAACGGGAGGGGGCGGGGUACACUAAUAACUGUUCAAAUGUAAUCCUGAAAAAAAAAUGUAUGUGCAAUUUUCUCUUUUCGAUGCGUGUGUGAAAUAUUCUGAAAAACACAGGGCUGUUUGCUUUUGUUACUGAAAUGUAAUAAAAUAAGUGAGCCAAGGGUUCUUCUAUACACGUUUCACUAUGUGUGGUGCUGGAACUAGCAAAUAAUUAAGCCAACAUGUAAACGCUUGACUAUGUACCAACCGGUUGUUUUGGGGGGUUUUUUUUUACAGCUUUUCUUGCUGUAGAAAAAUCUCAUUUUUACUUUGGAUGGCAGGGUGAUGUUUGGCAAGUACUUUGCAUUGAAAUUGUACUUUCAUUCUAUAUGACAUUUUCAGUGCUUGUUUAAGAUGAUUCGCUUUGUUCCAAAUUACUGUCAUUUAGAAAUGAAUAUUAAAAUUUGCAAUGUAUGGCAUAA